GUAUAGAGAAGGCUGUGACGAGAUUGAUGAACGGUGGUGAUGAAGCUGAGGAAAUUAGACGGCGUGCUCAAGAGUUUGGGGAUAAGGCUAGACGAGCUGUUGAAGAAGGUGGCUCGUCUCAUAAUAAUUUGUUGGCUUUGAUUGAUGAUAUUAAGUUUGAGAGAUCACAAGACACGUUGAUUUUUUCAAUUCUAUUUAAUUCUAGUACUAGUAAAUUAGAUUGGAUUUAUAUUUCCCUUAGUUAUGCAGUCAUGUGUAUAGUACAUAGAAACUGCAAUUUUCGAAUUUAUUUGAAAGUGGCGAACAACUUGAAUUCUGAAACAAAAUAUUUGCAUUGGAGACAUAUGAGAUACAUAUAGCAUUUUACACGAAUUGGUUAUUCUUCAUCAAAAAAUCAGGUCUUAGAGCAUACAACUCAUCCUAUACAUGCAAACAAUAUAUGGUGAAAAUGUUACUGAAAAGUACUCUAUACUGUGCUAAUGCAAAGAUUAUAGUAAGAAAGGAAAUAAUAUGAUCAGUAAGUAAAAGAAAAAUAAGUUAUAUUUAUUUUGAUGAGUGUGUCUAAAUUUUUGUUAUUUAGGCUUGUACCAAGUAUAAGUGUAGCACAAAUAUAUAUAUGGUGAACUUUCUAAAGUUUAUUGCUAACUUUAAAAUGCAUUUUGUUCACACUGGUUACAUAUCAGAUACCUGUCAUUGGUUAUACUUGGAUUGUGAUAUCCCAACCUUUUUGGUUUUCUAUGAAAAAUUGCUAUUUCUCAACUUCUUUAAAAAAUAAUAGAUUUAAAAUAGUUUUUAGUACUUAGAAAUAUCUUAAAUUUCAUUUUAAAUAUUUAUAAACAAAAUUCAUCAAAAGUUUAAUUUUCUUUUUAACAAAGGAUGAAUGAAUGAAAUAUAAAUUGUUAACUUUUUGCUGCUUUAAAAUUCAUAUUUAAUUCAUCGUUUGUUAAAAAAUUCUAAUUUUUUGUGGAAUAGAUUCUUAUAAUAUUAUAAACAUGAAAUACAAAAACUUUUUCACGAGUUGACUUAAAAGCACAAAACAAAAGUGGUAACAUGAAAUAUUUAAGAACCAUAAUAUGUUAAAAAGUUUGUAGCGAAUGAACAGUCCCUAAGAACACACAAGGUGUUCUCAACAACGUCGCCACAAUGAUAAGCUAAUGAACAGUCCCUAAGAACACACAAGGUGGUCUCAACAACGUCGCCACAAUGAUGCCAAAACGGCAAUCUUAGAUGCAUAUUACUUUGCCUGCCACCGAUCAACAACCUGUCAUUUUUAAUUAACCAAACAAAGGAUCUAACUCAUUCCGCGUUUUAAUCUUCCACACAUGCUCCCAGCUUGAAUCAAAUUUUAAAGAGCAUUAUAUAAUUAUAUAAUAAUAUAAAAUUGUUAUUGCUAUCUUUACAUGCAUAUGUUAUUGUUAUUAAUCAAUCAUGCCAAAGUUUAAUUAAUUUAAAAGUGGCACUGUGUAUGAUUAUAAAAAUUGCCGGCCAGACAGAUCUAUGUAAAUCAGUAUCAUUGGCUGGCUCAAAUCAUAGAAAAAUGAAUCUUACUAUAUUCUACCUCAUGGGUCUCGUGCAUACACAAAAUAAUACUAAAUAAUAACUAAUAAGUAAAGCAUAUAAAACAAAAUUAAGGAUGAACUUGAAGAAAAAACCAAAUUGAUCAGUAAUGGAAGGUGUUGAAGUUGAACGGCCAUUAAAACUUCACUUCAUUCCAUAUCUAGCACCUGGUCAUAUGAUACCUUUGGGUGACAUAGCAUCUCUUUUUGCAUUGCGUGGCCAACAAGUCACAAUCAUCACCACACCCUCCAAUGCCAAAUUCUUUACCAAAUGUCUCUCAUCCGUCGAUCCCUACUUCCUCCGUCUUCACACAGUCAAGUUCCCCUCCCUACAAGUCGGCCUCCCAGACGGCUAUGAAUCUUUGUCCUCCACCACUGAUCUUGACACCUCUGGAAAGAUCUACGCAGGCGCGAUGCUUCUCCAUGGACCCAUUCAGGAUUUCAUGGAGAAGGAUCCACCUGACUGCAUCAUUGGGGACAUCAUUUACCCUUGGGUUAAUGACUUGGCCCAUAAGCUUCAAAUACCAGUUUUCUGUUUCAACGGAUUCUCCCUCUUUACCAUCUCCCUUAUGGAAUCCCUCAGAAUAAACAAUUUCUUUCAUUCUCUCACAGAUUCGGAUUCAGGUUCGUUUGUUGUUCAAAAUUUUCCUCACAAUAUCACCAUGUGCUCAAGACCACCAAAGGUAUUCACCGGAUUCAUGGAAAUGAUGCUUGAGAUGAUACUCAAAACUAACGGACUCAUCAUCAACAACUUCGCUGAACUUGAUGGAGAAGAGUGCAUCGAACACUAUCAGAAAAUCACAGGUCAUAAAGCUUGGCAUCUUGGUCCGGCUUCUCUUAUUCGCAGAACAGAUCAAGAGAAAGCAGAGAGGGGAAACGAGAGUGUUGUGAGCGUGCACGAGUGUCUGAGUUGGCUCAACUCAAAGCAAGAUAACUCAGUGUUGUACAUAUGCUUUGGAAGCAUUUGUUACUUCUCUGAUAUACAACUUUACGAGAUUGCAUGUGGAAUUGAAGCAUCGGGUCAGGAAUUCAUAUGGGUUGUUCCUGAAAAAAUAGGGAAGGAAGAUGAGAGCAACGAGGAGAAAGAAAAAUGGUUGCCGGGGGGAUUUGAAGAGAGAAACAUUGGAAACAAGGGUUUGAUUAUUAGGGGUUGGUCCCCACAAGUUAUGAUUCUGAGCCACACUGCUGUGGGUGCCUUUAUGACGCAUUGUGGGUGGAAUUCAACUGUGGAGGCAGUUAGUGCAGGUGUUCCAAUGAUCACGUGGCCAGUGCAUGGCGAUCAAUUCUACAAUGAGAAGCUGAUAACUGAUGUGCGGGGGAUUGGAGUGGAGGUGGGUGCAACAGAAUGGUGCCUUGGUGGCGUUGGAGAAAAAGAGAUGGUGGUGGGCAGAGAUAGUAUAGAGAAGGCUGUGACGAGAUUGAUGAACGGUGGUGAUGAAGCUGAGGAAAUUAGACGGCGUGCUCGAGAGUUUGGGGAUAAAGCUAGACGAGCUGUUGAAGAAGGUGGCUCGUCUCAUAAUAAUGUGUUGGCUUUGAUUGAUGAUAUUAAAAGUUUGAGAGAUCUCAAGGCACAUUGAUUUUUUCAAUUCUAUUUAAUUGUAGUACUAGUAAAUUAGAUUGGAUUUAUAUUUCCCUUAGUUACAAAUCUUUGCUUUUGUGAGAAAUUAUUUCUCUAAUGCAAAGAGUAUAAUAAGCAAGCUUGCCUUUCAAAAUAAUUAACAAAUGUUAAUUUCUAAUCUUAACAAACUUGUGAGUCUGAGUACUAACUUGUUGGAGUUUGUUAACUGUAUAGUUAUAAAUUGGUUAGUAUUAGUUAAUUACAAAUUAGUUAAAAGUUUGUUAGUUUAGUAAGGAACACUAUAUAUAGUGUAUUCUGACGCACAAACAUUUGAAAAGGGUUUAGACACAAAAACAUAAGCAUGAAAAAAUAUAUAUAUUUA